UGCUGAGGAAGCUGCAGGUUGGAAGAAGCAGAGGAUCGAACUGUUGGCAGACUAUGAUGAAGUUGGACGGCAUGUUGAUCCAGCUGUUUGUUUAUUUUUGAAGCAUCUGGAGAGGCUGGUUGUGACAAUGCGCUGCCUGGCUGCUCGGGUGAACUACAAGACCCUCAUAGUUAUAUGUGCCCUCUUCACACUCAUAACGGUGCUGUUAUGGAACCGCUGCUCCAGUGACAUCUCCCUUCGGUUCCUCCCUCGGGCGGCAUUUGUGGCUCCGAGUGCAAAGAUCAGUAGCAGCCAGCAACAACCGCCACAGCCUCCAGAGCCCCCACCUGUUGUUGGCGUGGUUGGUGGAAUCAAAUACGAAGAAAUCGACUGCCUGAUCAACGACGAAUCCACCAUCAAAGGCAGACGAGAAGGAGCGGAGGUCUACCUUCCCUUCAGCUGGGUGGAGAAAUACUUUGAAGUAUAUGGAAAGAUUGUGCAGUAUGAUGGCUAUGAUCGCUUUGAGUUCCAGCACAGCUACUCCAAGGUCUAUGCCCAGCGGGAGCCCUACCACCCAGAAGGAGUCUUCAUGUCUUUCGAAGGAUACAAUGUCGAGGUCCGCGACCGUGUAAAGUGCAUCAGUGGAGUAGAGGGUGUGCCUCUCUCCACUCAGUGGGGCCCUCAGGGUUACUUCUAUGCCAUCCAGAUUGCCCAGUACGGUUUGAGCCAUUACAGCAAAAACCUGACCGAGCGUGCUCCCCACGUGGAGGUCUAUGACACAGCCGAGGAGAAGGACAGCAGGGUCAGCACAGCAUCCUGGGGUGUGCCCAAAGGUUGCAGCCUGAGUCGUGUUCAUGACAAGACAAGAUCUACCUCUGUGCGUCAGUUCAGCGCUCCAGAGUCCUCAGAGGGCAUUUCUCUGCAGCUGGGCAACUUGAAAGACUUCAUCCUCAGCCUGGACUUAAAGUUCACCUCCAAUGGCAGCGUGUCCGUCGUCCUAGAAACCACAGAGAAGGGGCCGCCCUACACCAUCCACUACCAGACCAGCACGCAGCUCAUCGCCUUUAAAGACCAUGACAUCACCUACGGCAUCGGGCCUCGCUCCUCCUGGAGCACGUUGACCAGAGACCUGAUGACCGAUCUCAGGAAGGGAGUCGGAUUGUCAAACACUAAGGCUGUCAGAGCUACAAAGAUCAUGCCCAGACGGGUGUUGCGGUUAGUCCUGCAUGGGCGGGGCUUUGUCGACAACGUUACCAUCUCCACCACUGCCCACAUGGCUGCCUUCUUCGCUGCCAGCGACUGGCUGGUGCGCAACCAGGACGAGCGAGGCGGCUGGCCCAUCAUGGUCACCCGAAAACUGGGCGAGGGCUUCCGGCCCCUGGAACCUGGCUGGUACUCGGCCAUGGCUCAGGGCCAGGCCAUGUCCACCCUGGUGAGAGCCUACCUCCUCACCAAGAACCAUGCUUACCUCAACGCUGCCCUCAAGGCAGUAGGACCAUAUAAGGUGCCUUCAGCGCAGCACGGAGUCAAAGCGGUGUUCAUGAACAAGUACGACUGGUAUGAAGAGUACCCCACCACCCCCAGCUCGUUCGUCCUCAACGGCUUCAUCUACUCCCUGUUGGGGCUUUACGACGUCGCUGAGACAGCAGGGGAGAUUCUGGGCAGAGAGGCAGGUCAGCUGUUCAGCCGCGGCAUGGAGUCUCUAAAGGCCAUGCUGCCCCUCUUUGACACGGGGUCCGGGAGCAUCUACGAUCUGCGUCACUUCAUGUUGGGCACGGCGCCCAACCUGGCCCGCUGGGACUAUCACACCACGCACAUUAACCAGCUGCAGCUGCUGGCAUCCAUAGACAACGCUCCCAUCUUCAGGGAUGUGGUGAAGCGCUGGAAAAACUACUUAAAAGGGAUUCGUGCCAAGCACAACUAGUGGAAGUCAGCAGAUUUUACCUCCGUGUUUAGAAGAGAAUCAGUGUUUAGAAAGUAAGAACAAAUCAGAAGAUUUCAUAAAGAGGCGCGUGCACACGUGUGUGUGUGAGUGUGUGUGUGUAUGAGUGAAUCACUACUGUUUGACGGCCUGAAAGAUGAGUUGCUAUACUUUAUGCGCACUGUUGCAGGUUUGACAUUUUCUGUUAUGUUGACUGCUGCUCAACUGUUUCUGCGUCUCUGUAAUUAUUAUUACAGACCUAGUUUCAGUGCGAGAGUGUGAAGGGUGUUUUCAUAUAAGAUAUACGCAGAAAAGGAACGUUUUUGACUUGCUUUGAUUCAUCUACUUUUCUUUCAUUAUGAUAAGUUUACUGAAGUAAACUGUGAAAAUCUGAGAGUGUUAUAAACUAAAAAAAGGUUUUGCUGAAAGAGGCUCAUCAUAAAAAAGAUGGCGCUUAAAAAUCACUGCAUCUGUGUUUGCUCAUGAUUUAUUUCACCUGCUUUUCAUAAUUAUGAUAAACAAUCCCACGGAAGGAUUAUCUCAAAUAUUCUUUCCCCAAUUUUUCUUUUUUUUCUUUUUUAUUAUAAAGAUAUGGAAUAGACUUCUAAUAAAUGAGAUGAAGCUGACUUAAAGACAAUGGAGGCAGCAAAAGUGUGCCUGGUUUCUUGGAGAUAAAUGCAUCAAGCUUCAAUCAUGCUUGUAGACACUGUUGUUACCAGGAAACCAUUCUUAGCUGCUUUUCCUGGUUUUAAUAGGCCACAAAAACGGCAAACCAGACUGCAGACAAAAAAAAAACACCCUCUGCAUCAAUUUGAGUUUACCUUGGAAAGUUAAAUGAUUCUGUGCUGAAUCAGUUUGAGCACCGAUGUGAUUGCAACUAAUCACAAAUCAGGAGGAAAAAUGUGAACGGAACCUUUUUCAAUCAAUGAGCACCGCAGCACCCUCCGCUUUUAUAUACACCCCGGCUAAAAAUGCCUAAAAAAGCCUUCAUUUAAAUCUGUCCGCUCUGCAUGUAUAAUCCUAUUCUUUUUCUGCUUUUUUUAUUUUUACCGGCUAAAUUUGUGUUCAAAAACCUUCCUAAAAUCGGCCGUUAGUAGGGUUGGACAAUUAUUCAACAUUAUGAUCUUGCAAUAUAACUUUAUUUAUUACUGAUGACAUGACAUUUACAAUAUUUUAAUUUACAUAACAGUCUAUGAUUACAGCAUGUGUCACUGAUUGAUGUCUGGGUUUUAUCCUUUUUGUUUUGAAAGCUGAAAUUUCUAAACACUUACAUUGAAGGAGUUUUAUUAACUUGGUAAAAUAAUUGUCAUAAGUUCACUGCAAAAACGAUCUACAAAUAAGUAAUCAUUUCUUAAAUAAAGUGCAUUUACUCUUAAUUUGAGCAGGUAGAUGAGAUUAUUAACCAAUUAAAUUAUAUUUUUUAACU